AUGUCGGCUGUUGCAAGGUCACACACGGAGCCGACAUCCAGUGGCCUUGACACUCUCUCUUCCGUAUGCUACACAAUACCAUGGCGUCCGAAGAAGAAGCUAAAAAAGGCAGUAUCAGGGUCGAGCAGUGCGCCGCAGGAGUUGCCUCAUCGGCCGCCAUUCCCUGUCCUCGCCGAGUUCGAAGCUGACGGCGACCCGGCGCGUGUCCGAUACGCAUCGUACCAGAUCGCAGUCCACAGAACCGAAGCACUCUUCGACCGAUGUAUGGACGAUGUCUACAGCUCCUUGUUUGACGAUCUGCGCACCUUUUUCAAGGCACAACCAACGCCUUCUCAUCCUGAGGCGUCCACUCUAGGGCAAGUUGGGAUCACACAGGAGGAUCUCUUUCUUCCCGGUUUCGAGAGCGCUGACGCAAGCCGGCCGAGCUCGAGCAUCACUGGAGAUUCAACGAAGAGUAUUCAGACAGCUCUGCUCAUCUCUACCUCGGCACCGUAUCUGUCUUCCUUCUCGAACCGUCUCGUCUCCCAGAUCUCCAACGCAAGUGUCGGUGGGCCCCCAAGUAUUGUCGUCACGCUUUCCGCCAGCGAGUGCUCCAACCUGUACACUGCGCUUCGCCUUUUAGUAGCGCGCUUCAUCGCUCAAGGCUCAGCCCUCGACUCGACUGGCCACGUCGACUUGACAGAUGUCGAAGCUGCUGCCUUCGCGGGGAAGGUCGAGCCGGAUCUUCAUGUGCUCGGCUCGUGGUGGCACAACAAGUUUGUGCAUUCAGAGCGACAGCCUAGACUGGUGCUCAACUUGCCGAUGAUCGAAUCGGUCGAGCCGACGGUGCUGUCUGACCUCUUGUCGGCCUUGCAGACGUUUGUUGUUGAACCGUCGACCUCGACAUCCUCGUCUCACGGCGCGGCUCAAGUAUCGUUGUCCAGGCCGCAGCUCCUGCUGGUGCUGGGCAUCACGUCCCCAUCUGGAGGCCUGGCCGCUGUGUCCGCCGACGGCAUCGGCGCUACUUCGAGCAGCUCCAACGCCACAGCAGCGCCAGCGCCAUGGAUCGACUACAUCCCGCGCCAAGUUCUGCGCGUGCUCGACAUCUCUCGCUUCUCCCUACCCAGCAAGGAAGUCGUCUGGUCACGGCUUGUGCAGACUUUCCUCACCUCACGUGAACUCCCGCUCUCGCUUGGACCGUCGACGUUCGAGUACAUCCGCGAGACGUACUGGGAGAGAGACGCCGAUCUGGAUUCGGUUCUCGAUGCGGUUCGGCUGGCAUGCUUCAUCCACUUUUCCGGGAAACCCGAAUCUGUCUUCACCAUCCCGGGACAGGCGAAGCGUGUGCGAUUCUACAGCUGGACGCCCAAGAUGGUGGAACGCAUGAAAAUCGCCUUCCUCACCACCGACGAAGCAGGAGACUUGGUGCUGCCACUGCUUACGCACUCGACCCGUCCAUCCGAGCUAAACGUCAACAAAUUCCUGGAAGAAGUGUCGCGCUCCGACCAGUUCAUCCUCGGCGAACUUGACAAGCUGCGCCAUCCGCGCGAGCUGCUCUGUUUCCGUCUGGAGUUCGCCGUCCGCUUCCUAUUUCGCGCCUUUGAAGCGCUCAUGCGCAUCCAGAGUCGAGCCAGCACCGCUGCGCAGGCGUUGCACGCUCGCAACGCCGCCGCCUCCAUGGCCGCACAGCAGGUAGCCGAGAUGGACGAGCAGCGGCAGCUGGAGCGCGCGAGUGAGAUCUUGACGCAGGUGGUCAUGCAGUGUCUAAAUGCGUCGGUGGGUUCAUUGGAGGUAGGGAGGCGACCGCCUGCGGCGCUGACGCUGCGCAGUGGGCUGGCGAGGCUGUGCAAUGCUGCGCGUCGGCUGUUGUCAGAUGAGUUCGAGACGCUGCUGGAUGAUAUGGUGGCUGCGGCGGAGGACGAGGUGGCGCGGAUCGAGAACGCCAUGGCUGAGGAUGGAGAGGAGGCGGAAGAGGUGGAGGCUUGUCCGCCUGGACAGCUGCGGUCGGCGGGUGCAUCAAUCACUGCGCAGAGCGCACAAUUCCUCGCGGGACUACGGACGUUCCAACAACGCCUUUCACAGACUAUCGUUGCAGGUACGGCAGGCAUCCGCGAGGACGAAGACGCCGAGAUCGCCGCUGCUGCUGCCACCGCGGCUGCGGGCAUGGAGAGCGCCCAGGCCGCGCAGCAGAGGCGUGAAGCGCGAUUACAGCGCGUGCAACGGAAGCUGCUUAUGGAGGAAAAGCUGCUCGGCCUGAAACGAGAGAUCACCGACUGGAUCGUGCACUCUGUCCACGACUUGGUGGAUUGGAGACACCUCUCGCGCAGCUUCUCGGCGGCGGACAACGGCCCACUGCACCUACUGCGCGAUAUCUUCUGGGUCGACUGCUACGGCCCGCUCUCGACGCUAUUAGACCCAUCGACGCGGGCAGGGUUGACGCUACCGCUGUCCGAGCCGAUCGAGUUCGUCGAAAGCCUUUACGACGCCGCGUUGAGCGUAGUACCCGAAAACGAGCUCGACGAUAUCGAGCUGGACAGCCUCAAGAAACUGCACGAGCCCGACGUGUGUCGCUUGUUCCAGCUGUACCUGGAGUGCGGCAAGUUUGUCAAUUUGGCCGAUUGGUAUGAUGCCUUCAAGCAGACGGUCGAGGUGGAUCGGAUCGCUGAUGAAGCUGAGCGCGAUCUACGGCGGGAGGCGUCGGAACAGCAAGAAGCGGAACAAGGGGAGCGAGUGCGGGACGGAGAGCCUGAGACGCCGUCGAGACGGCAGGGUACGCGCAAGCGGCCGGUCCACGACAUGGCUGAGUCGGACGACGACUCGGACCUCCCUGACACGCCGUCCAAGGGUCGCCGUCGCGCCGCCCGGCAGCACGAUGCGACGGCCACGCCGGAAAGCGAGUUGCAGAGCCGCUUCGCUCUCGCGCUCAACGAGCUGGCCCGCAUGGGCAUGAUCCGCGGCACGCGACGUCGACAGGAACACAUCACCAAAGUCAUGUGGGACCUUGUGCCCGAUAGCUUCUGA